UUCAAGUCUCACACCAGAGUCUAUCCUCAUCUGGAGCAGCGAGGGAUCAAACUCGACCCAGCUACAGUUAUGUGCUGUUUCUGCAGAUAUGCAUGCUUCACAGGGGGAGCUUUGGAAACUGUAGAUACUAGCUGCAAAGAAAGUCCCACUAUACACAGUCUGCUCCAUUAAAGAAUUGCACGCAGACUUCUCUGCAAAGAACUUGGGACUGCCUGCCAACUGCUAUUAAAAAGGAGAAUUCUGCAUUCAGAGCCCCCUCACAUGCUGAGCAGGGCUGUGAUUGCCAUAGGAAAGCUGCAUCAAUCCAACCUGUUACAGCUAUCUCGUAUGGUUUCACAUUGGAACUCAUAAGUAGGAGGACAGGAGAUCCUGGAUCAGAACCUAUUGGGAGACAAGCAGUCAUCUUCUACAAAAGGCUAUUGUGCAAUUACAGCUCUUAGAAUCCAGUGAUUUGCAAGGAAUCCCAAUGCAGUUGCCUUUGUUGUCACUAUUCAUCUUUGCAAACUUUUGCAGCCCAGGCAUUGCUAAUCUGAGUGGAACUGUAAGAGUCAUCAGACCCAAUCUAAGGCGAGAUGAAAGCAAUCUCCUUACUAAACUGUACCGGAAAGAAGAAACAAUUCUCGUUGUGGGAAAUGGCUGUGUAACCAGCCCGCGAUUUCCAAGCAGUUACCCCAGGAACCUGCUAUUGACAUGGAAACUACAUUCUGCCGAAAAUACUAAAAUACAGUUAACCUUUGACAGCCAGUUUGGCUUGGAAGAACAAGAAAAUGACAUAUGCAGAUAUGAUUUUGUGGAAGUUGAAGAAGACUCCGAAACAAGCACGGUUGUUCGUGGACGAUGGUGUGGCCACAUGGAGCUUCCUCCAAGACUUACAUCCAAAAAGAAUCAAAUAAAAAUUACUUUUAAAUCUGAUGACCAUUUUGUGGCUAAGCCUGGUUUCAAGAUUUGUUAUUCUCUUGUGAAUGAUUUUUCACCUGCAGCAUCUGAAACUAACUGGGAAUCUGUCACAAGUUCCGUCUCGGAAAGCUCCUACCACCCAUCGGUGACCGAUCCCACUCUAACUGCAGAAGCACUUGACCAGGCAAUUUCAAUGUUUGACACCGUUGAAGAGGUACUUAAACAUUUUAAUCCGGACACAUGGCAAGUUGACCUGGAAAAUCUCUACACAGAUACAUCUCAGUUUCGAGGUAGAACAUUCCAAGAAAAAAAAAUUAAAGCUAAUUUAGACCGGCUAAAUGAUGAUGUAAAGCGCUAUAGCUGUACUCCACGGAACCACACAGUCAAUUUAAGAGAAGAGUUGAAGAUCACAAAUGCUGUAUUUUUUCCACGUUGUCUGCUUGUUAAACGCUGCGGUGGAACUUGUGGCUGUGGCACACCAAGCUGGAGGUCAUGUACAUGUACAUCUGGAAAAAACGUCAAAAAGUACCACGAGGUUUUGAAAGUCAUUCCUGAAUCAGGAUAUGGCAAAAAAAAGAACAAGACAAAGAGUAUGGCUAUUGUAGACAUCCAACUGGACCAUCAUGAUCGGUGUGAUUGCAUUUGCAGCUCAAAACCGCCUCGAUAAAAAUCGGAGAUUAUUUGAGUUUGAGAGCUAUAUGGACAUUCAUUUUCAAGUCAAAUUUAAUUAUCUCCAAAUGGCAACACAAGUUUGAUAAUAACCUUUAUUGCACGUAAACUAUUUUAACAUGUGCUCCAAAAGACAAUUGUUCAACUAUACAAAGCGUUUAGAUACAUUGUUCACUUUCAGUAUUGGUAUACUAGUCUAGUUAUCGUAGUGAUUGUCAAAUAUGGACACGGAAGCUCAACGUCAGGUCUGGAACUGCAUUGGUUAUUCUUGGAAAAAUGUACACGUAACAGGAAAAAAUAUAUGCAAACCAAUAUGCAAGACCAUUAGUGUUUGAGACACCAGCCACACGUAGCAAAGAGAAAACAUGGUGAUUAAUAGUAUGAUCAAAAUCAUGCUAUGAUAGAUAUAGACCACAAAUGAUACAUAAAUAAAUAGGCAAAUGAAUGUAAAAUGGACAGACUAAGAAAAUUGGCAAUUUUUCAUCAGUUAAAUCACAAAAUGAAUCUUGUUUUAAAAAGGUUAUUAUCAAGAUACAAAAAUAUAUAAUUGGUUGAUAUACACAUCAGUAAUUUUAUUCAUAGGUUUAGUAAGAGUAAAUACAUUUUCAGUAUUACACUUUUUAUUGUAAGGUAUUUUCAGUAACUUCGCCUUUAAGUUUUGUUCAUUUGUUGUUGUUUUUUUUAUUUAACAUUCAACAUCUCACUACAGUUAGAAUGUGAUUUAAUGCUUUUUUGAAUGUGGAAAAAAUGCAUGCUCAUAGAAUUGUCAAUUCAAGCCUAGCUCUAGCAGAUAGUUUGUGGAUAAAAGACUGUUAACUGCACCUGGACACAUAUAAUUUAAAUAACCUGCUUUAACUUAAGUAGCUUUGCUGUAUAGAGCUUAGUAGAAUGUGCUUUAUUUAUAUUGGGAAAUGUUCUGAAAUUAAGAUAUUUUUUUAAAGUAAAAUAAAAUUCAUAAACCAUAAUUGCACGUCAGCCAUGUCAAUAUUCAAAUAAUACAAUUCUUGUUCAAUAUAUAUACUGUUCUUUUUUUCCCGUUCCAAUUCUGCAUAUAUUUGUUUUUCAAUAUACUUCGUAAGAGCAAAAUAAAUGAAUACAAAGUCGAAAUACAACGAACAUUGUCAUUCUUA